GGUAGCGAGGACAAUGGGGUUCAGACAGUGAAAACAAGAAGGUUUAUUUGACUCAAAACUGCUUUUAAAAUCAUCUUUAUGUUUCAGUAAGAUAUAUAUUUGUAUAUGAAGUUGUUUUAAAGCGAUAGUCGGUGUAGGAUUACCCUCUGGUAGUCUGUGGGAGGGGCGACACACACACACACCAGCCCGACCGCAGUCAGUCUUUAGGUGCUGAAGCUGACCGGAGCAUCACGGACUCUCUCUCCCGUAUUUCGGGGGGUAAAUCUGGGGGCCACUUUGCUCCACACCCCGCCCUUCUGUGGCUGAUGGAAACAGACAUCCGUAGAAAUGUGCGCGAAUAUGUUCGGCGUUUUGAAAAGCCUGUUUGGGAAGCCCUUUGAUGGAGGGAAGAGGAUGGACCAUGGCGCCCAGCAGCAUCAGCAGCAUCACCCCAUGGAGCAGCAGCAGCAGUCGUACCACCAGCAGCACCCGGCCAUGAUGCGGCUGUACGAGGUCCAGAAGGAGGUUCAGUCCCUGGGGUCGGCGGUCUGCACCUUCAGCGGCCUGCAGCACGACCGCGACUACAAGCGAAUCGAGCGCGAGCUGACGCGCCUGCUGCUGGAGGUGGACAAGGUCGACACGGAGGGCAAACCAGAGCUGCAGGGGGCACGGAAAAGAGCCGCACAGGAAGUGGAAGGCCUUCUGCGAUACCUGGAGGAGAACGCCACGCACCCGUCCCGCAUCGCCAUAGAAGAUCUGAGCAACGAGGCGCGGCAGCUGGUGGACGACCGCGUGGUGGCGCCUCAGCGCUCGGGAGGCGUGGCUGAAAUAAACGACGAGCUGGUGGAGGCCCUGCAGGAGAUAAUCCUGAGGCUCACCCAGGUGAAGACGGAGGGGAGGGUGCCGCUCCGAAAGGCGCGAUACCGGGCGCUGACUCGAAUGUGCGCGGUGCAGGAUGUGGUGGAGGGGCGCACCCAACAGCAGACCCUCUCCCUGCCGCUGUCCGGGGAGACCCACGAGGCGGUGAACCUCAUCAACCAGGUGAUGGUGAAGGUGAGCGUGGCGCGCAGUCAGCUGGUGGCUCUGCUGAUGGGGCUGAGCGGCAGGGACAGCUGCGCUCACCUGUCCCGCAUCCUGACGGAGAUGCAGGUGGAGCUGGAUGCUCUGGAUGUUUCCGGGAACGCGGCGAUCAGAAACUACAGGAAGCAGGUGGUGGAGGAGAUAAACGGGCUGCUGAAACAUCUGGACCUGGAGGGGGAGGGAGAGGACACCCGCAGAUACGACCUGGGGCAGAACAACUCUAUCCGUGAGAUCGAGGCAGUGCGUGCUCACGUGUUCCACCUGCGAGAGGGCGUCCUGCGGCACUGCAUGAUGGGAGAUCUGAGCUUCAGGCCCAAAGCGGAGCUGCAGAGCCUCCUCACUCACCUGGACCAGGUGGACACGGCCAAGAACCCGUGCAUCCGAGAGGCCCGCCGCCGCGCCGUGGUGGAGGUCCAGGCCAUCAUCACCUUCCUGGACCUCCGCGAGGCUUUAGCGCGCCGCCAGCCGGGCACCGAGCACCCUGCGCACCGGGCCGUGUGGCUGGUGCUCGGUAGCCUCUCGGACCUCCAGGCUCAGGCACUGGGCUUCGAUGGCAAGCGCGUCGAAAAGAGCUACAUGAUGCUGGAGGAGCUGCUGACCAAACAGCUGCUGGCGCUGGACGCCGUGGACCCGCAGGGCGACGAGACCACCAAGAUGGCGCGGAAACAGGCGGUGAAGUUCGCCCAAAACAUUCUCAACUACCUGGACAUGAAGACGGACGGGUGGGAGUAUUGAUAAAGGCGGAAACACCGGAUGGGACUUCGCUGCAGGAACGAAAGGAUCUGUGUGUAAAUUUAAAAAAAAAAAAAAUGUAUCAUUCCACGGGCUGUAAAUAUUGACUCCAACCCCCAGAAUGCAUUGCAGCAGCGCUUUUCUUUCAUCUCUUUGUGGUAGUCGUGGCCGAUCCAAGAAGAACACAUUUUAUGAAACACACACUUCAGUGCUCUCUGAAGGUUUUCUUUUUAAAAUCUCCCUGUACACGUGUGUGUGUGUGUGUGUGUGUGUGUGUGUGUGUGUGUGUGUGUGUGUGUGUGAGGGUGUGUGUGCGAGUUACCGUCCGUCGUACUUGGUGUGUUUGUGUGUGUUAAAGCCUGCUGCCAAAGCUCUUGAAUAAUGCCUGUUCUAGUGGUUGUGUCCUCCAGACUGCACUUGAUAUUGAUAAAGUGUGAUGGAUUGCUUCGCAGUAGCUUCCCUGUCUGGUCUGGUUUUAAUUUAAGUUGCUAAUGGAGCAUGUGUUAAACACAGUGACCUAAUUGUGGCUCGUAUCCUGAUGGUUGGAUGCCAAUUUUAGGCAUCAAAAGUAUAGAAAAUAGUCACAUUUUGGAGAAUUUGUUGUUAAUUUCUUUCUGCAGUUUUGUUUUGAAAUCAAGUUUGGUCUAUUCAGAAAAGCAGAAGACGUGAGCAAACUUAAACUUCAAAGAAACUGAGAUUUAUUUGGGGUAUUUUUGAGAAGCAGCAUGAAAAGGCAUAGAUGUGGAGCGGAGGUGUUUCCACACACUGGUAUCGAAGCCAGGUAAUCUGUGUUCAAACAGUUGGAAAUCGUUUGCAUUACGGUCGCUCCCCACUGAGUGGUUUACUGUUGGUUAACCUUCUCCGUAUUUAUCACCCCAGCUGUCGUUGGCAAGCGGUCAAACGACACGCUGAGACACAGAUAAAGCUAGUCAUCUUGUGUGAGAGGAUGUUGGAAAAGUUUCCCCUCGCUGCUCGUGUCGUCUGUCUAGAAAUGUUUGUUGUGACUUUGUGUGAGGCUAUAAAUGGAUCAGGUUUUUUAGAAAUUCAGAGACAGAAGAGGCAGAAUUGUUUUCUUUGCUGCUGCUUUUUGUUUCUACCCACCACUGCUUUCUCCUGAGUGACUGUGAGACGUCCCCCAGGGAGAGGGAGGGAGAAAGUGUGAGGCGGUGAUCUACUCUGGACUGACACAUCAAGGCUGAAUCUCACGCAGCGGUCGGGACGAGAGAGUUGAUGGUGAUCGCAGUCGACACAUCCUUCUAGAAACUUCUCGAGACGGUGGGAGGGGGAGAGAAAGUCCCAAAAAUCUUCGUGCCUUUAUUUUCACCCUUCCCUGUGUACCGGUAGGUUUGUGUAUAGAAAAAGCAGCCUUUGCUCAUUUUGAUAUUUAACGCUAAAGCACCGAAUGUGUUUGUGGAGAGCACCUUGGCUGUCAUCACAACAAGAAGUGUGCACUACUCGUCAGAAAGUGUGGCCCUUUAGAUUCAGCAUUUGUUCCCCGAUGAUAAACGACUAAAGGGUGAAGUUGUUCUGGUCAAUAAUCUUCUGUAACACAGGAUGACAACACCUCUUCUGCAGCCCGUGAGUCACGGUGUGAUUUCACACUGCAAGCAGCCACGGGCAGAUCUCUGGCUCUGAAAGCUAUUUGGCAACAUGAGCCUGAAUACAAGAGGACAAAACUAAAUCAUUAGUUCAUUUCUUUACAGCUUCCUGCUGACCUCUGAACAUGUUGUUGUUUCUGAGAAAGUAUUUAGGAAGCCCUUUACUGCCAAUGUGAUGAAAUAUUAAAAGAUUCAGUCAUUAUAAUGAGAAACUCUUAAAGAAAAGGACUUGGUAUCACAAAAUAAUGAGUUAAUAUAAAAAAAAUAAUGACUUAAUAAUUAUAUUCCAUUAAUGUAAUACGUAUACAUCUAAAGUGGGCCAUUCUGCAUGAUUGGUACUUUUACUUUUAGUACUUAAAGUAGACCUUGAGUUGUAUUGGCUCGAAUCAGAUUUCUUCUCAGUUUGCCAACUUGCUUAUGAAUGAAAAACCCCUCCGUAUGGACAUUUCUGAUUGAUGGCUGCGAGCAGUGUGAACACAAAGCAUCAAAUAAAUCCCUGCAAUAACUCGUAAAAUAUGAUUAAAGCAACAAAGCUUAUUGAAAUCCCAGCUGCCUAGAAAGACAAUCUGUGUAUUACUACUUUUUAUACAAAAACCCCCACAAAAACAUGUCCCAGUGAAGACCCACAGACCAGUUUUAUGUGCAUUGAGCUGCAUUUUCUGGCACAAAGCCUGCCGCACGGCCUCCUGGGUAAUGAGCUGACUCAUACGGGAGGAAAUUAAAUUAAACAAAGUUCAUUAAACAUCGUCAGCCAGCUGCAACAGAUGCUUUCUCCGACCAAACCAACCCGGACACACCUUAAGUUCACCUGCUCUUUUUUGUAUGCAGUAUUAUAUAUAUAAAUAAUGUACAUUUAGUUACUGCAUUUCUGUAAAUUGUUUUUAAGCAUUCAUUUGAAGGAUUUAUCAAACGUUUUACACUGUAUAAAGGAACUAGAUAUUUUGUUUUUGUCUAGUCAGUGUCUCGAUGCCUCUUCUUUCUUUUCUUUUUUACUCCGUGUUAGUGAUGAGUGGGCGUUCUGGAAACCAAUGUAUAUUCAGUGGUUGAAAAGUACAAAUGUAGAAAGGAGGAUGGCCGUGAGGUAAAGCACCAUUUUAUAAAGGUUUUGUGAGGAAGCAAGAAGGCGUCAGAGAAAAUCCCAAAUAUCGCCACUACUCCUGUUAUUUUCUUCAGUAAAUAUACAGACUGUAGUUUGAAGAUUUACUAAACAAUUGAACUUCUAAAGUGUUAGAAAUUGGAUUUGAUAACAGUAAUAUGAUGCAUUUGUGUGGCUGUAUGCAGAAAGGACUUUCAAUUGUCAAGUGUUAUCCAUUGCGUAGGUUAUGUAAACACUUUAGUAUGAAUACGGUCUGUUUUAUUCGCAAAAAUGCAACAUCUUUUGUACAAAUCAUUAAUAGACACAGCCAUUGACGGUUUGGGGAUUUUCUUGGGAUUGUUUGACGUUUGUUUGAAGAUGAAAAAUGUAAAAUAUUACCGGUUUCUCCUUAUAAAAACUCUUAUAAAAAGAUAGUCCUAAAACUGCUUAUAUAAAAAAUACACAGUGUUUAACUACCUAUUUAUUUUUUGGAAAGGGAAAAAAUAUGUCAAUUAAUAGGGUCAAUAAAACUGGGGAUUAUUAUUACAUUUAAAAAUAUCCCACAAAAGAAGUUACUUGGUCUUGACAGCCUUCUCCACCCAGACAUCUUGUAUAUGCUCAUACACACACGAUGGCCACUAAAAGCCGCUCGGGGUCGUGCAGACUGUCUAAACUUGGUGGCAUGAGUCCAUUAGUCAAAGAGUUUCAGAGAUUCAUCCCUGGAGGUUUUUCGAGGUGGCUUCUGACGUCAAUCCCUUUACAGGACGAUGCAUGUACGCACAGAGAAUAAAGUGGGUGACUUACAGAUUUAAAUAUUUCAUUUGCCUGAUCCUGGAUUGAAUGUAGUCAUUAAGGAAUGUUUUGUUCUCUGGAUUUCAAAGUACCAAAGUUGUUUCAGAAACCUUUUAAUGUUCCCGGGACAAUAUGGAGGAUUAUGGUGAUGAAGGAGAAGCUGGGGAGUUGUAGUAUCUGAAAAGCAUUUUGACAGAAUUGGAGUUUAAAGAGCAACUUAACACCACCCAAAAAUGAUGCGUGCUGUGAGUGCUGAGUGCAAAAAACACUUUUGAGCUUGUUGUUAAGUUGCAUUUUGAAGAUCAGCAGCAAGUUACACCAGUUGAUUGUAAGUUUGAGUCUAAGGUAAACACUAAAUGCUACAAAAUGUUCAUUUGCAGUAAUUUAAUCUGUCCUUUAGUGCAGGAAAGUAACUGAACAUAACCAUUCCAUAUUAUGGUAGGCUACUAUAUACUACACUACAUAACAGAGGCAUAUUGUGAUUUGUACUCCACUAAAUGUAUUUGAGCGCUAACCUAACUAAGUCAAAUAUGAUCCAUUCAAACAGAUUAAACUGACCAACAUAUGCUAAAUAGUUCAAAUGAACUCCCCCUUCACCAACAGCAACAUUAAAGUACAGUUUGCAUAUCAAUGCGUUAAUAAUGAUCCAGUAUUAUAAUAUUAGUCGACACGCAUGAAUUUGCAGCUGCUAUAUGACCCUGAUUCAUAAAACAUGUAUGCACUAAAGAUUUAACAACCCAAAUACACCCAUAAAGUCUUGCAGCUGAGUACAAUCAGCCCUUUUUUUUGCAAAAGGAGAUCGACGUAAUCAUUUGUUCAUUCUUUCAUAUAAUAACUUUAUUUUUUCAUUCCUUUUUUUUCAUGUAUUUUUCCAGAAAGAACCUAUUUUUAACACAAAUGUCAUUUCAUCCUGUCACUGCAUCCCAUGACAAAUUGAGUUUGAGCAGACACCAAUUUCUAAAUGUGCUGCCAGCUCUUUGAUGACACUAAUACUUUCACUGUAACUGUAUUUGUAUCAGCUGAUGUUUGUUCAUUGGAGCACUGAGGCUCAUUUGCAUAUAAAGUAGCCAAUUAUGCACCAAAUGUAUACAUGUUACAUGGUUUUAAUUGUGCUGGAGCUUGGCAGUGCAGUUGCUAAUACUUCUGUACUUUUAAUUGAUAUUCUGAAUGCAAGACCUUUACCUGUAACAGAGUAUUUCUACACUGUGAUAUUUUACUCAAGUAAAGGAUUUGAAUAUUUCUUCCACCAGUGCUGUAUACUUAUGCAACAAAUAUGAAUACUACUGCAACAUGUAUGUAUUCUCUUUCAAAACCUCUCUUAUAUUUGUCAGGAUUCCUCACACAUCCUUUUGUUAUUGACAAAAUAGGCUAGCUGUUUCCACUCGUUUCCAGUCUUUGUGCUAAGCUAAGUUAGCUCGAUGCUAAUUUAACUUGAAAGUGAUAUCUUUGUAACUUUCAACAAAGAAAAUUAAACAGAAAAUGUUCCCCAAAAAAAUGUUAAUCCAUCCCAUGUAAUGAUAAUUUCAUAUUAAGCGUAUUUGUGAAAACCUGUUUUUACUAACAAUUUAUAGCGAUAAUUCUUCUUAGAUCAGACUUUUCACUUACUGGUGCAACAUCCCGCUCGAUCGUACCACACAGGUCAAAGGUCAAUUGCUUGGUUAUGGAAAUAUAUGAAAAUAUGUGACCAAUAUGAUGGGGAAAUGAGGAUGUAUGAUGGUAGAAAUCCACCAGGAGGUAGAACAUCUUGCUUAUUAAGCUUAAGAAAAAAUAUUUAUUUUAUUUAAGCACAUUUUUCAUGUUCCUUAGUUACUGUCUGUUAUAACUGCUCUGCCUUUCUUUCUGCAAAAUGACAGGAAUGUGUUCUGUGAUGAAAAAAAGGGUAUUAUAUUUCAUUUAUUUUUCCAAAAUCUGUUCUCUUAAGUCGCCUUUAACUGCAUUGAUUGUGACAGGCUUUUGCUGUUACUCCCUUUCGAGAUAUGCGCUUGUACAAAAAGCACACUGAGACUUUGUGUGAAUGCUCCCUGGAUGGUUGUGUUUGGAAUUUGUAUUCCCUCUGCAAAAUAAAGACGGCGUGUCUUGAUCAGUGUUA